AUGAUUAUCACGGAAAGUCGUUCUCAGUACAUACACUUUACCGAACCCUACACAGACGUCGGCAAAAGUCUUCUAGCUUACAGACGAGAGUCUAACCAUUUAAGCCUGUGGACGUUUCUCGAACCGUUUGACGUCAUGACGAGGAUCGCAAUCGUCGCCGUCGCUCUCGUCGCCUGCUUUGUCUUUGCUCUGUCAAGAAGGGUUAGCCUCAGUAAAACUAAGAAGACCGAUUGCAAGAAGAGUUGGUGGAAAUCGACGGUCAUGAAAGUGAGCAAGACAUUCUGGACGUUUUACACGGCAGCGAUGCAACAAAGCCCGGAUGCUAUCCCGUCUGUUUCGGGUAAAGUACUCGUUGCAGGCUGGUUCUUCUUUUGUCUCGUCAUCGUAGCCACCUACACGGCCAACUUGACGGCAUUCCUCACUGCAAAGAGUUUUGCAACAAAUAUCAAUUCUCUUCACGAUCUCGUACAGCAGACGGAGGUGAAGUACGGAACGGUUAACGAUUCGUCGAUUAUCGACUUCUUGAAGAGCUCCAAACUUUCCGUGCAUCAGCGAAUGUACGAUUACAUGAUGUCGGUCGAUGAUUCGUUGGUCGACACGGCGGAGGAUGCGAUUCGUCGUGUGCAGAACCCGUCGGCGUACGACUACAUAUUUAUAUGGGACCAGCCCAUUCUCGACUACGUCGCUUCUCACCAACCGUGCGUAAGUCACGUGAUCGGUAGGACGUUCAACCAGCAAGCUUACGGUCUCGGGAUGCCGAAGGGCAUGCCAUACGCCGACGACUUCUCACAGGCAAUUCUAAAGAUGAGAGAAUCGGGAAUAUACGAGAGUUUCAUGUCACCGACGUCGAAGAAAUACGAAUUAAGGACUUGCAGGGCGUCUUUGUUAUCCUAA